UUACCGAGUAGUUUAAUUGCUUAUCUGGAUUGUGCACGACUUGGAUAUAACUGCGAAACUCGACAUGUGCCCAGUGUACUGUAUGGAUACUACUGUACACUGCACAGUUAUAUUGGUUCACUUUCACUGUUUGGUUCAACAAGUUGUUUACAUUUUUUUACACUAUGGAGGAGCACUUUAACGCAUCAGGCUCGUCAAAGCCUUUCAACGUACAUCUUAUGGUCUAUUGCGUGCAUGCUUAUGCGUACGUACAGAUCAACUGGAAAAAGUCCGCCAGGGUCGCCGCAAAUUUUUUUCCACUGGAGCUAAAGGUGCAUUUCUAUUAACGAUUACUCCGCUAAUUGCAGAAUUUAUGAAUUUCUUGUACACGAAUUUCGGGGAUGCUACAAGCAACGAGGGCUCGAGUAGAAAAAGUUGGCCUGAACUUCUCAAAGAUUUUUUCCACCUUGUCAACGAAUGGAAAAUCAUCGCCGUACAACCUUGAAGCCGGACUCGCAUGGCCGGAAAUAUUUCAGUUUCCGGUAAUAGUGAUCCAAUAACGCGAGAGCAUCACUGAUGGACUUUGCACCAUUAACUGUGAUCUUGCCGUUGCGGUACACUUGGCAGUGCGAUUUGUAAGGACGAACGGAACGGAGAAGAAGCCCGGAAAAUUUAUGCGGUGCAUAAUGAGAAAGCGGAGCGCGUUCGGAUAAGCUGGGAUGUAUGUGGCACGGCUGCAGCGACUGUACCACGAAAAGCACAACGCACCCGUUUCUUGGUAAACCAAUGGAAGAAGUUCAGAAAGCGACUGUUUUGCGCCUUGAUGCAAUAAAAACUCUGGGAUACACGAUUCUAUCGAUUUGGGAGCACGAUUACGAUAUGAAAUUAGCGUCUGACAGUGAGUUUCGAAAGCUAACUGAGCUCGCCAACGUGAUCGAGCCGUUGCAUCCUCGGGACGCAUUUACCGGUGGCCAAACAAAUGCAAUAAAGCUUUACCACAAAUGCGGACCGGGGGAGAAAAUUUAUUCACUUGACGUUAUUAGCGAAUAUCCAUACAUCAACAAAAAUUUGCCAUACCCCGUUGGACCACCGGUUGUUAUUACUAACGACUUUCCACCAGUGGAAAAAAUAUUUGGAGUGAUAAAAUGUCGCAUUAUUCCACCACCGUCUUUAUUUCUGCCAGUGCUGCCCUACCGAACGGAUAAGCUAACCUUCCCGUUAUGCGCAAGAUGCGUGAAAGAGCGUGUUAAUUCUCCCUGUGAUCACGAGGAUGGCGAUAGGGCUCUGGAAGGAACGUGGUGCACACCGGAAAUUCAUCGAGCAUUAGAGGUCGGCUACCGCAUCGAUAAAAUAUAUUCCGUGUGGCACCACCCCGAACAAAUGCAAUAUCUAUUCAGGGAGUACAUUGACUUGUUUUUGAAGCUGAAAACUGAAGCGUCUGGUUAUCCUUCAACCUGUCAAACAAACGAGGAGAAAGAUUUUUAUGUUGAAGAAUUCCUUGUUAAAGAAAACAUUCAGCUGGAUAAAGAUAAUAUUGCUAAAAAUGAUCCGCUUAGAGCGCUCUGCAAGCUUACGUUGAAUAGUUUUUGGGGAAAGUUUGGGCAACAGGAGGACCGCUCUAACACGGCUAUGGUUGAGAAGAAAGGGGUCUUUCAUGACUUUUUAUUUUCAAAUAAAUAUGAAGUUGCCGGAUUCGACUUGGUUACGGAUGAAGUCAUGGCAGUACAAUACCGUUCGAAGAAGGAUUAUAUAGUAACGAAUAAGAAAACCAAUGUUGUCAUUGCGGCUUUCACUACUUCGUAUGCACGAUUGCACCUCCUCAAAUUUAUGGAGAUGGUAGGAGACCGCCUGCUAUAUCAUGAUACCGAUAGCAUUUUCUAUGUUCACAAAGAGGAACUGCCUGAUACACCAACGGGAACUUGUCUUGGCGACUUGUCAUCAUCGCUGGAACCUAACGAGCACAUAGAGGAAUUUGUGGCGCUUGGGCCUAAAAGCUACGCUUAUCGUACCAACACUGGUCACGAAACAAUAAAAGUGAAGGGAUUUACGUUAACGCGGCAGGCUAGAAAACAACUGAAUUUGGAAAGUUUAAAGGAAUUGCUACUGGAAAGCCUUGCACCGCCGGAUGAACCAAGCGAUAUUAUGGUUAACUAUCCGUUCAACAUAACGCGGAUUAAGCGCAAGUUGGAGGUUCUGUCUACGGAAAUGAAUAAGCGCUUUAGACUUACCUACUCAAAACGUCGAAUUGUCGACACCGAGUUUCAUACUCGUCCCUGGGGUGAUGUUUCCAGAGAAUAGACCUUCAAUUUCCAGUACCGUACAGUUGUUAAUGACAGUUUUAAUAUUAUGGCUAAUUCCAAAAAAUGCUUCCAGUAAUAUUAUUAAGAUCAGCAUGAUGACAAUGCAGGAGCCUACUGCUGCCUCGCAGAAGUUCUUUUUGCACACAAUGCGAGCCAUCUUAGCAUAACUAUGUGCUGGUAGUGGGUUUGUUUUCUUUGCACAUUGUAUCUUUAAUAGUUACUUCAAUAGAAAAUUUGCAUUAAA